ACUAUAAAUACAAAGAAUACGGAAUUUUCGCUACAGUGACGACAAAAUGCGAGCACCAUCACUCGUACUAGUGGCCCUUGUGGGUUUUGUGGCUAGUGCCACCUACGAUGGAUACAAAGUUUACAAACUGGUACCUCAAACAGAAGUCCAGAGAGCUUACCUCAACUCACUGGCCGCUAGCCCAGAUUUUGAUUUUUGGUCAAAAAUUGAUCGCCUUGGAAACCCUGUGACGGUUAUGGUUUCACCUAGAUGGCAAAGACGGUUUGAAGGCCACCUCAAAGUUAACAAUAUUGACUACGAAGUUGUAAUUGAAGACGUGGAAAGCUCCAUCGAAGCCGAAAGAAAAUACCAUCUGUCUCAACCGGCUUUGAAAUCUGGAAGAAUCAGUUUCACUCAGUACCAGCGUCAUUCUGCGAUUAAUGACUAUCUGACUGAACUCGUCAAGCAGUACCCUAGCAUAGUCUCCUUGGAAAACAUUGGCCAGUCGUACCAAAAACGCGACAUGGUAGUCAUUCGCAUCUCUACAGGUAGCAGUAACCCAGCGAAACCAGUAAUCUUCGUGGAUGCUGGUAUUCAUGCUCGAGAAUGGAUAGCUCCUGCUACAGCUCUGUACCUGAUCAACCAACUGGUUGAAAAUUCCGCUAAUCGUUACCUCAUCGAAAACAUCGACUGGAUUAUCCUUCCCAGUGCCAAUCCAGAUGGUUAUGAGUACAGCUGGACCAACGAUCGUCUCUGGCGCAAAACGGUUUCCCCUGGUACUCUUUGCAACGGUUGCGACCCUAAUCGUAAUUUCGACUUCCACUGGAUGGAAACAGGAGCAAGCAGUUGGGAAUGCUCUGAAACUUACGCCGGAAGUAGAGCCUUCUCAGAAGUGGAGACAAGAAAUCUGAGGGACUACAUUCUGAAGACCCCAAAUAUUAAAGCGUACUUGACUUUGCACAGUUAUGGACAGUACUUGCUGUAUCCUUGGGGAUACGGCAACGUUUUGCCUUCCAACUGGAGGGAAUUAGACGAUCUAGGACAAAAAGUUAAUGAUGCUAUUAGGGCUGUAAGUGGGACGAGAUACACAGUGGGUAGUUCCACGCAGGUACUGUACGCUGCAGCUGGUGCGAGCGAUGACUGGGCAAUGGGUGUUGCUGGUAUUGAUCUUGUUUACACCAUAGAACUUCCAGGAGGUGGGUCCUACGGGUUCGAUUUGCCUGCGUCCAGAAUUCAAGGAGUGGUUGUGGAAACUUUUGAAGGAUUUAAAGUUUACGCAGACUAUGUUCUUAAUAAUAGGAAAUAAGUACUCAAAAGAAAUAAAAGAUGUUGGUUUAAA